AUGCUCGUGGAACAGCCUCAUCAGAUCAUGCUUGAGGAACAGACUCAUCAGAUCAUGCUUGAGGAACAGACUCAUCAGAUCAUGCUCGUGGAACAGACUAAUCAGAACAUGCUCGUGGAACAGACUCAUCAGAACAUGCUCGAGGAACAGACUCAUCAGAACAUGCUCGUGGAACAAACUCAUCAGAAAAUGCUCGAGGAACAGACUUAUCAGAACAUGCUCGUGGAACAGACUCAUCAAAACAUGCUCUUGGAACAGAUUCAUCACAACAUGCUCGUGGAACAGACUCAUCAGAUCAUGCUCGUGGAACAUACUCAUCAGAUUAUGCUCGUGGAACAUACUCAUCAGAUCAUGCUCGUGGAACAGACUCAUCAGAUCAUGCUUGAGGAACAGACUCAUCAGAUCAUGCUUGAGGAACAGACUCAUCAGAUCAUGCUCGUGGAACAGACUAAUCAGAACAUGCUCGUGGAACAGACUCAUCAGAACAUGCUCGUGGAACAGACUCAUCAGAACAUGCUCGUGGAACAGACUCAUCAGAAAAUGCUCGAGGAACAGACUCAUCAGAACAUGCUCGUGGAACUGACUCAUCAAAACAUGCUCUUGGAACAGACUCAUCACAACAUGUUCGUGGAACAGACUCAUCAGAACAUGCUCGUGGAACAGACUCAUCAAAGCAUGCUCUUGGAAUAG